AUGAGUGUUAAGGAUUAUAGCAUUUGUCGUGGAGUUCAGUAUCGGGUUAUGGAAUCUGAUCAUCUGAAGUAUGUUGGGAGAUGUAAGGAGUUUGGAAACGGCUGCACCUGGAUGAUCCACGUGGCACUUCGACAGUGCAAGGGUAAUUGGGAGGUUAGAAGGUAUAACGAAGCUCACACUUGCCUGGCCACUUCAAUUUCGAGCGACCACCGACAGCUCGAUUACCACGUAAUUUGUGCGAGGAUCUAUCCGUUAGUUAGGGCGGAUGCAGCGGUUACCAUAAAGGUCUUGCAAGAAGCUACUGAGUCAACCUACGGAUUCAGACCUAGUUACAGAAAGGUGUGGAAGGCAAAGCAGAAGGCAGCCGCCCAGAUUUACGGGAAUUGGAAAGAGUCGUAUGCGGAGUUGCCCCAGUGGAUCCUUAGGAUGCAAGCAACGAUGGACGGAACCGUAGCUUUGUUGAAGACUUCACUAGUGCGUGUAGGUGGUGAGGUUGAUGAGUCUACAGAGUACUUUCAUCGACUUUUCUGGACAUUCCCUCCAUACGUUGAGGCUUUUAAACAGUGCAAGCCACUAAUCAGCAUUGACAGUACGCAUCUGUAUGGGAAGUAUGGCGGGACUUUGCUUCUAGCUAUUGCGCAAGAUGGAAACUCGAAUAUAUUGCCAGUUGCGUUUGUACUUAUUGAGGGGGAGAAUGCUGAGUCGUGGGCUUUUUUCUUAUCCCACUUGCAUCAACAUGUGACCCCACAGGAAGGGAUUCUGGUGAUCUCUAACAGACACAAUGGCAUUAAAGCUGCACUGGAGGCACCAGACAGUGGUUGGAAACCGCCUCAUGCAUAUCGAGCGUAUUGCAUUCGACACGUUGCAACUAAUUUUGCUCUCAGUUUCAAGGGUCAAAAUGCAAGGCGAAUGCUCGUGAAUGCGGCGUAUGCCAAGACUAAGGCCGAGUUUGACAGCUGGUUUGAUAUUAUGAGGACUGAAAAUCCGGCCAUGUGUGAUUAG